GCUGCCCGUUAACGGCACUGCGGGGCGGGUGCCGGGGCGUGGGCUCCGGCCGCUCUUCAUUCCUCUUUGCGCUCUCUCCUCCUUUCACCCCGUUCUCCGCCUUUCCCUCCCCCUUCCUCCCCUCUCAGGCUCGCCGCCCUCCCUCUGCUUUUGUUAUCCCUCCCCUCCUCCGAUCCCCGCCCCGCCGGCACUGCGGAGCCGUGACCCGUGAGCAGCCAGCCGCGGCCCUUUCCCCGCUGCUCCAGCCUCUCGCCGCAGAGUCGCAUGUCAUCUAUCCAGAACCUCCAAUCCUUCGACCCCUUUGCUGAUGCAACAAAGGGUGACGACUUACUCCCGGCGGGGACUGAGGAUUACAUUCAUAUAAGGAUCCAGCAACGCAACGGAAGAAAGACACUGACAACUGUUCAGGGGAUUGCAGAUGAUUAUGACAAGAAGAAACUUGUGAAAGCUUUCAAAAAGAAAUUUGCUUGUAAUGGUACUGUGAUUGAACAUCCUGAAUACGGUGAAGUUAUCCAGCUUCAAGGUGACCAGAGGAAGAACAUUUGCCAAUUCCUCUUGGAGAUUGGCAUUGUCAAGGAAGAACAACUGAAAGUUCACGGUUUCUAAAUACCUGUACUCUCAUGAAGAACCCUGCUUAUUUGGUCUUACCUAGCCUGGCUUUUCUCUGAAAAUGAAUCUUUGCAGUGAAUGGACUUCCCUGUUACCUGGACGUUUAAAAUUUGAUUCAGAUUUGCAUGACUGCGUGAAACAUGUGGUGUGUAGACUAGAAACACAUAAGAAAACUUCAGUAAGGUGGUUAUGAAGACCCAUGAGAACUUUAACACAUUUCCAGUGGAAAUGUUUUAGUGGUGAUUGUUCAGUUUAGUAUUCUCUACCUGACUUAAAAUGUGUGGGUUGUAUUAAAAUAGUGUGUCUUGAUGCUUAAAAAUAAAAGUUUAUUCAUAUAUUUUCUGGGGUACCUGAAAUGCAUUAGGUUAAGUUUUAAGCUAGCACAGCAGCCUUACUAAAGAAUGGCUGAACUGUUUUGUGUGUAGCUCAGGACUGAUUGAAUAAAUGGGAAAAUCUACCUGAGAUUAGCUUGAUGUGAUCUUACCCUGUAGCUGUAAGACUAGAGCUUUAAAGUCUUUAGUGUAGGUAUAUCUUAGUAGCAGCAUGAUAUGACAUAAACUGUUUGCUGAGUAAGUAACUGGAUCUUCUCUACAUUUUACUGCAGUGACUAUGAUGUAUUAGUAUUAAGCAUAGUAAGAUUAAAAUAAGCUGAACUCCUUAAGGCUGCUGUUACUGGGAACAUGCUAAAGGUUUAGGUCUUACAUAGCACUCCCAGAAAACCCCAUGUCCUUCUUUCAAAUGUUUUAUCUCCUAUGUCACUGAGUGAAGGAAAGGCAUUGAGCUGGCUUCUACCAUGACUGUGCAUUUAAUAUUUGCAAGCAGAGUGCUUUAAUUAGCUGCAGAAGGAAGGAAGGUAAUGGGCUCCACAAUAAGCUUUGUUUUUACUGGUAUCAAGUUUGCUGUGAUCAAUGGUUAAUAUGGAGGGUUUUAUUAUGGGGUCUGGGUGUUACUAUAGAAGGCUGGGUUAGUUUACUUUUCUCACAGGCAAUGCAUUCAGUGUUAUCUGAAGUUAUGACAGGUUUGCUCCACCACAAUUUUCAUGUAGCUCCAGUUAGCUGUGAACAUUUGGUAUUCUGCUUUUAAGACAUGUCUCUUUACAGAAUGAAAUGCCUUCAUUUGGUGAAACAUGCAGAUCUUGCCUUACUUGUCAGAUAGACUUGGAAAUUUUCUCUGAGACAAUUCAAAACACCCUGAGCUAGGAAACCAUAACAAUAGUGGGAAAUGUUAAAAAACCUUCUUGUAAUAUCAUUGAUUCUCUAGAAAGGAAGAAAGAGAUAUUGCUAAGAUCAGUUCAUAACUUAGAAAAAAAGAAUAGAUGACUACCUAAGUAAACAUCAAGACUAGGCUAAACUACAGUAUCACCUGUGCCUAUACUUAGUUUCCUGUUCAUGAUUGCCUUUUUAAAUAGAAAUGCUUAAUUUUAACUCAUAUGAACCUUUUGCAUCUGUUGUUAGAUUUCUGAAUUCAGAAAUGAACCUUUAUGGCACUAGAAACAAUUUGGGGAGCAUUUUAGAGCACUCAUGACAAUUUCUUUCUCUGUCUGGCCUAGACAAUUCCACCUGUAAGAAUCCAGUGUCUCAAUCUCCACAAAAUUCUGCCUGGUGUUACAGAUCUUAACUCUUCCAGAGAAAGGAUGUUUUAGAAGAUUAUACCUUAACAGUGUACCAUAUGCUCAAGAGGAGGAGGGAAUGCCUACAAGAAAACAUGGAAUACACACAGAACAAAAAUCCCAGGCAUAAGUGUUACGCAAGUCUUGCACCUUAGUGGAAUAAAGUCAUUACAAAUUUA